UCCACUCAAGUGAAACUCCGUAAUCUAAUCUAAAUCAAUCGUUCCUCUUUCCUCAACUACUACUGCUCUCUUUUUCCCAUCUCAUCGUUCAUCUCUAUCCAUCUGAAAUCUGGAUCUCAAAAUAUGAACGCUAAUUCCAACUCUUCUACUGAUGUUGUUGAAGACCGCGCUCACGGAAGCGAUUCCGAUACGAAUCCCGACGAGGCGCCGGAAUACUAUCAGCCUAUCUCCGCCGUUGACGACGACGAAGUCAGCUCAGACGAAGAUCACGCCUCUGGUUUACACCAACACCUCACUAACGGCGGGUACUACACACAAUCCGAGGAAGCAGGGAACGGGAUAGCGUCUCUUGAAAUAAACGACGACCUUGAGGAGGAAGAGGAGAAGAGCAGCGAAGACGAGGAGGAAGAGAGGAUGAGGUUGGCUUCGGAUCCGGAUUCGGCAGUUGUGAGGGCUUUCAGAGAAGACGAGAGUCGAAGGAACGCUCCGCUAACGCCGGAGAAUGCGACACGAGUGAUGGAGGCCAUGCGUGGGGUUUCGUUCGGUGGAGUGGCUCCUGAUUGGGUGGGCCACGUCCCCGAGGCACAAUGGAUCGAUCGCCUUCGGAGACUCAGACAACCACCGCAUCACAACCCAAGUACACUUCAGAACUGAGAGACUUGGGAGAGGAUCUUCUUUGUAUCGGAUUGGAGUCGCUUCCUUUUCCCCCUUUUUCUGCCUCUGAUUUUUGCCAAAGAUUUGAAAGUAUGUUGAAUCGUAAUCAUUGUUUUCAAUCAACUUGAGCAAUAUGUAGUUUUUGGGUGAAUCGUUCUGAAUUGAUAAGCAAAUGUGAUAACAGUGCAUGAUUGUACGGCA